CGCGUCGCGUGCGGAGAGUUCAUACCCACUCGGACUGGCUUCCAGCUAGCUUACAGCUCCUGUGGUGUUCACGCCUACUCCCAGUAUCAUCGGUAGCCCCUUCCUUUCUCUCUCUCUCUCUCUCUCGUGUUUAUCCGUAAUUCCACCACAGAGACUCAUGUGUCAAGCACCAUGAGAUAAGAGAGAGAAUUGUUCUGAAAAAAGGCGGAGGGUCAUAUCUAUCGAGCUGUGUUACGAGAAAGCGAGUUGCUUUUGCGUUUCGCGCCCUCAGUUGCUCUCAGCGAGUGAACGACGCUCUUCGUACCCGAGCUGCAAAUGACGUCGCAUAUUCAGACGCAGUAGCGUUGAAGACAGAAAAAAAAUGGAGUUGUUAAACCUGCCACAGUGGCUGGUCCUGGCUGCGACUGCCGGUGUUCUGCUUUACCUGUAUGCAGCCAGAAACAGCAGCUACUGGAAGAAGCAAGGUGUGGUCCACGAGAAGUUUUCUUGGCUGUUUGGGCCAGCGACCGGCAUUCUGUUCAAGCCUGUGCACGUUCUGGAUCAAGAACGCUACCUGAAGAUGGGAAGAAUAUUUGGAUAUUUUGAAGGAGGCAGGCCAGCAUUAUCUGUUGGCGAGCCAGACAUUGUAAAGCUCGUGCUCGUGAAGGACUUUCCGACGCUGUGCAACAGGCGGCUGCUCGAUUUUUUCGAGCCGAUUUUGGACAACAUGAUGGCCACAGCUCCCGUAGACCUCUGGAGAAAGAUAAGGCCCUCGUCAAGUCCUGCUUUCACGGCGGCAAAAAUGCGCAGGAUGAACGACUUGAUUCAGGAAUGUGCCAAAGUCGCAUCCGGGCACCUCAAGAAAGCCGCUGAGGAGGAAAAAGACUUGGAUGUGAAGCGAUUCUAUGGCUAUUACGCACUGGACGUGAUAGCGAAGUGCGCUUUCGGGACCGAGCUUGACUCGCACAAGGAUGCAGGCAGCGAGUUUGUGACGAAUGCUUCGAAAGCAUUCUCUGGCAGCAUAAACCUGGCGGUGAUAUUAUUCGUUUUGUGCCCUGGCCUAGUGAAAGUAUUCAAGGCUAAAAUUCUAAACCCCGAGCCAUUUCGGUAUUUCAAAGAGGUCUGCAGGGCAAUUAUUAAAGAAAGAAGGCAGCAACAGCGACGUCACGAAGACUUCUUGCAACUCAUGAUGGAUGCCCAGGAAGGAACUCUCAUCGACGCAGUUGAACCUGCGCCCGGAAAAGAGCGCACCGAAAUAUUCGACCUUGAUUCUGACGUCAAGAACAGCGUAACGUUUGUCACAAGAGCAUUGUCUGAAGACGAAGCCCUGGCUCAAUGCGUACAGUUCUUUGUCGCCGCCCACGACGGCCUUUCUACCGUCCUCGCCUGCGCUGCCUACCUCCUCGGAUUUAAUCCCGAAGCCCAGGAAAAGCUUCGCAUUGAAGCGGAUGAAUGCUUCACCGCUCACGGAAAGAACCCAAGUCUCGACGUCAUCUCUAAACUGCCUUACCUGAACUGUGUCGUAUCGGAGACCAUGAGGCUGUAUCCGCCGGCCCCACGAAUUGACAGGACAGCGUCUAAAGAGUACAUUAUGGGCGUCACAGGAAUCAGGGUUCCCAAGGACAGCAUCGUCACAGUUCCCAUAUACGCUAUGCACCGUGACCCAGAGUUCUUUCCCGAUCCUGAGAAAUUCAUCCCUGAGAGAUUCAGCCCAGAAAAUGCUGCUUCUAUACGACCGUACUCGUACCUGCCCUUCGGAGCGGGGCCUCGCAACUGCAUCGGCAUGCGCAUGGCCUUGCAGACCGUCAAGUUGUGUCUUCUUCAUUCUGUGCACACCGUACAGUUUGUGCCAGCUAAAAAUACAGAGGAACGCCUAGAGUUUGUCAAAGGAAUGGGAAUCCUCAAACCCAAGAAGGUGACCGUCGGAAUCAUUAAAAGAUGAGGCGUCUGAGUGGUGAAGCUUUUUUUUAUUCUAUUUUUGGCUCUCUCCCGCCACUCAAGGCAUAAUUUAAUACAGCAGUGGUCGUACCACGUCCACAUGUGAGGCCAAAACCAGCAUUCUUGCAUUUUCAUCAGACGGAAUAAAAGACUUACA